AUGAAUUACAGGAUGUUCUCCCUUUGGGGGGGCAUCUUUUCUAUCCUCAAUACCAUCCAGUUCCUCAUCUUUGACUUGAACGAGAUUGUCAUCUUUGACUAUGAGGAUCACUUCUACAUCUACAAGGACAUGAAGGUUGGGAUAAGCUCUUGGGUCAUAAGGAACAAGAAUAUCAUCAGCAUCAGUCUAUCCAGCAUCACCAUCAUGGUCAGCGCUUUGCUCCUCUAUUGUGUCCACAAGAACAACUACAUGGGGUUGCUGUGCUAUUCCGUGUGGAUCGUCAUCUACGAGCUCAUCUGCUUCUCCGCAGUCCUGCUCAUGAACAGUAACCUCAAAGAAUAUUUCAAGGAGCUGAGUUACCUGCACUUGAUUUUCCAGAUCUCCCGCAUGUUCCUGCACUUAUUCUUUCUGCCCUUUAUCAUCCAUUAUACGUACAUCCUUUACAAGGACCCCAAGACUUCCAGCAAGACAGGCCGUCGCAGGUGCUCCUCCAUCAGCACGAUAGACUCAUGGCCAGCCGUCGGGCUGGGAACGUUGUGGCAUAAGUUAAACUGA